AAUGAUUAAGAACCUGGCUAUUUUCAUAUUUUUGCUUGGCUCUGCGGCUGCCCAGGCACCCCGUCGAGAUGCUGAGUGGCCACCGCCAGCUAUUUUGAAGAUGGCUCAGCAUUUCCAUGAUAUUUGUGCCCCCAAAACUGGAGUUACAGAUGAGGCCAUUAAGGAAUUCAGCGAUGGACAAAUUCACGAGGACGAAGCUCUCAAGUGCUAUAUGAACUGUCUCUUCCAUGAAUUUGAUGUCGUCGAUGACAAUGGAGAUGUGCAUAUGGAGAAGCUAUUGAAUGCCAUUCCUGGCGAAAAGCUGCGAAACAUGAUGAUCAACGCCUCGAAGGACUGCAUUCACCCAGAGGGCGACACUUUGUGCCACAAGGCCUGGUGGUUCCAUCAGUGCUGGAAGAAGGCGGACCCCGUCCAUUAUUUCUUGGUCUAAGCUUCAUAGCUUAUAUAUUUAAAAUAGUGCGGUUAAAUACUUAAUCAGAGAACUUCAGCAGAUUUAAGGUUAUUAAAUAUUGUAUCCAUUUCGUAUAAAAAUAAAUGGUUGCACAUAAUGUAGAAUAGCAAUCGAGAACAAAAA